AUGUUAAAGGGUAUUAGUGAAAAAUUCACAACUAAUCUCAAUUUUAAUAUAGAUGAUGACAAUUUUUAUGUUUUACCAACAAAAGGGGAAAUUAAUUUUAAAGGUUAUGCACAAGCAGAAGUAAUUAUUUUGUAUAAUAUUAGGAAUUAUCAUAAAAUGAUAAUAUCUAAUAACCAUUAAAAUUUAUUGCAAAUGAACUUGUUGAAAAAACAAUAAAUAUUAGAUAAAGUUGGAUAAUUUCAAAACAAGCAUUUAAUUUUAAUAUACCACCAUCUUAUUUUAAAAAAAAAAUUUUAAUAUAAAGAAAUAAUGAUCAACAUCAACUGAAAAAGGAAAUCAAUUAAUAUGAUUUUGAUCCAUAUGUAUAAUUCGAUGAUAAUCAACUAAAUUAAAUAAGGAAAGAUGGCUCUUUUGAUGUUUGGUCAAAGAAUAAUAGAAAUAAAAAAUACAAAUGGAUUAUUUCAAGAUGGAUAGUAAAAGGAACCAAAAAUAUUAGAAAUUCUUUUUAUAAAGAUAUGUUAAAGGUUGAAGAUUGUUUAACUGGUUUAGGAGAUUUUAUUUUUAAUGAAGAUAAAUUUGAUAGUUUAUGGAACUUUUCAAUCGUACAUGGAUUAUAUGUAAUUUAUAAAGUAAACUGUAUCAUUAAAUUAGAAAACUAUAUUGAUUCCAUCUGUUUUUAUUGGAUACAGAGAAGUCACAGGUAAUAUAUCUACUAAGUCAGCUUAGAUUGCAGUAGAAAGAGAAAGAUAAUAAUUAUUAAGAAAAAAGAAUUUAAAUUUUUCAAUAUAUAAAUAUCUUUUUCAUACUCAAGAAACUUAAUCUGCUACAAAAAUGAGAGUUGAUUAUAUUAAAAAUCAAUUGAAAACUUUUGAAUAAGACUGUUGGAAAAUAGCCUCUUUAUUAAGUGAUAUUCAUUUAAAUCCAAAUCAUUUACAUAAUUAUGAAUUUACAAACCUUUAAGAAAAAUACAAUAUAUUUUACGAUUAAAAUAAAGAUAUAGAUGAACUCACAAGUGAAUAGCUUUAUAAUGCUUAAUAAACAUUUUUUCAAAAGGUUAAUUUAGAUGUACCAUAAGAUGUAAUUAAACAUAUUUUAGACAUUAUAGAAUGUUAUAAAUUACAAAGAUAUUAUUAAGAUUUAUUAAAAGUAUAUUUUAUUGUAAUGAUAGAAUGAAUUAGCAAAUUACGAAAAUGAAGUCAUUGAACAAUAUGAAAAGGAAUUUUUCUUUUUAAGUAAACAAAAUCAUCGAACUAAAAAUAUUAAAGCUGCUCUUAAAAAGAAAAAGAAGAACUUAAAAUAAUAAUAUUACAGCUAGAUGAUUUAAGAAUUAACCUAAAAAAAUAUUAUUGAUAGAAAUAUUUAUGUAGAAUUUAUGGAAAAUAAGAUCAAAUAUAAAAAUAGAGUAAAAGACAUAAAGAAAAUGGCAAAAGAGAAAUUUAAAAAUCCUAAUAUUACGAUAUAAUUGUAAAUUUUAUUCAUAUAUAAUAAUUUUAAGAACUCGGAUGAUUGCUCCUCCUUAUCCAAUAAUUUAAGAAGGAAAUAGAUUUGUAUUUUUAAAGGAAAUAAAUUAUUUGGUAACAUCUAAAUAUUAUUUUUGGAAAUUCACUAGUUUUUGUUUACUAUAUUUUACAUUAAUUGCUAAUAGUUAUUAUGUGUUUUAUUAAUUUGGAAUAAUGGGGCCUUAUGGGUUAAGUGCUUUAUUUUUAGUUGAACCAUUUUAUUGUGAUUAAGUAAUUAAUGAAUAAACUGGAGAAAUAAUAAAUGAUGAACUCAUUUAAACAGUUUGUUCUACUUUAAAAUUAGUAUAUAAAGGUAUGAGAAAGUCAAGACAGGAAUUUGAGAAUUCUGAAGAUUCUGGUAUGUUUGGUAAAGGCUGUUUAAGAAUUUGUAAUUUAAUCGAAGUCUAUAUUUUUCGAUUCUUAUUUGUUGGAGUAUUUUGUACUUUAAUUUUAAAACCUAUGCUAAUAAUUUUUUUCUCAAUUUCAUUGUUUUUUGUUUUCAUUACUUCUUUUAUGUGGGCUGGGUUUGUAGCUACUAUUAAGUAAAAUUUAUGAAUAUAAUAAUCUAGAUGGAUGAUAUGCCUACUAUUUCAUGAUUAUGAAGUAAUAGCAAGAAUUGAAUUUAAUGAAUUAGAUUAUAUUCAUUUUUGUAUGCCAUUAUUUAGAGCUAUUUUAGAUAUUAUGAUAGGAAUGGCUGAAAUAAUCGUUUGUUUACUAUGUUUGGUAAUUUUUCCUUUUUUUGCUAUACUAAUAUUUUUAUAUGGUAUUUUAAAAUAUGCUAUCCGUUCAAUUUAUGAUUGUUUCAUGAUGACAGUAUUAAUUUAAACUUAUUUUUAUAGUUUGUUUAUUGUUGCGGAAGAGUUCCUUAUCGUUCAGGGUGUUUAGCUUGGAAAGUUGGAGGAGAUAAUAUAUAGAAAAAAAUAAUCUAUAAUUAUCAUAAAGUUAUUGUUUAAAAUAUUUUUAGUUAACAAAUGAUGAAUUAUAACUUCUGGUUGCUAGAGAAAUAGAAAAAUAUAUUCUUGAGGAAUAUUAACAUCGUAUUGUAACUACUAUAAAAUAACCAGAAAGAGAUAUUAAUACAAAUUUGCAACCUUUUUUCAAUAAUUUUAAUGCCAAAUAUUAAUGUGAUGAUAAAAAUUCAAAACUUCUUUUAGAUUAACUUUCUGUUAAAAUUGCUAAAUAAAUAUCUCUUCAUCCAGUAUUGGAUUAAGAAACAAAAAAAUAUAUUAAAUAUACUGAAAAUGAACUUAAUGAAAUUAAGUUGUUUCUAAAACCAUUUAUAAUUGAAUAAAUCAAUUUGAAAAAUAUGCAUUCUUUUAUUUGGAAACGUACAGGUUUAUAAAUUGGAGAGUAUUCAGCAUUAGUGGAUAUUAUAGUAAACUCUAUUUUUGGUUUAGAAAUUUUAAUUCCAAAAGAGGAGAUUAUUCAAGAGGUCUAGAUUGUAAUUAUAUUUUAAACUCUCAUUAGAAAGUUGAGAAAGAAAAAGGAUUUACCGAAUAAAUAGAAAGAGCAUUGAAUGGACAAGUAAAUUUAAAUUAACCUGAAAAAUAUAUUUUGGAAGAAAAUAAAGAAUUUAAGAAAUGUAUAUAAAAAAAAGUUUAUAAAUAAUUUAUUCUAUUUUCUGAAGUAAUAAUUUAUUUCUAUAUUUAGAUGCUUGAUAAAAUAUGGAUGGCCUAAUCAACAUCUUAAGAAUGGAGUACUUUAAACAAUAAAGAUUUAAGAUUUUUAUUAAAUUAUUCUUUAAAGGAUGAAUGA